AAUAUCAGAGGAGGAGGGAACACACACUCACACACACACUCACACCAGUCAUCAGUCAUACAGUGGUCACUGAGCAGUAAGGAUCGGACCAUCGCAGCCUCCAGAAGGACCUCAUUAUCAUUUGUUUGGAGUAAACACGUUUUCGUCAUCAGAGAGAUUCGCGUCACUACGAGCCGCGCGCGCUCAUUCCUUAGCACCUUUUGCGCAUAUUCAAUUACAAAUUCUUUAUCGUUAUUUUCCGCCCUUGGCUUGUUUUUAAGUUCAUUUGAAAGCGUUGAGGGUCAUGCGUGAACGACGUUUCCGCUGAAAUUCUUCAUUUUUAUUUUGUUCAUAAAUUGGAACCGCGCGUCUCUCCAAACCAGAACGCAGAAACAUGGACGCGUGUCUGAGACGACUCAAACAAGAGCUGCUGUCUAUGAGAGAAGCUGGAGAUGGCCUCCACGCUCAGAUGAAUUCAAUGAUGGGAGCACUCCAGGAACUCAAGCUCCUUCAGGUCCAGACAGCUCUAGAAAACCUCGACAUAUCGGGAAAACCCAUGAACCGAGGAAUUCCACACCUUUCUUCAACAGUUCCCCCAAACUCAGCAGCAGCAGCAGCUUUGGCUUCUAGACAAGAGCACCAGUUCUGUUUUACACACACCAUGCCAGAGCAGCCCAUUCCAAGUCCGAUUCCAAGUUCGAGGCUGUCCGUGGAGAGCAGGAACUCUUUAAGCAGAGAUGAUCAGUCUUCAUCUCUGAACAGAAGCAGCGUGGGAACCUCGUCAUCAUCUGCAUCUAGUCUGGAAAGUGAGAGUGAAACCAGCGAAAGAAGUGGAAGAGCUGAGAAUGAGGCAGAGCUGGUGCCCAAGAGGUGGUCGGGAUACACCGCCCCUCAGGUGGACUUCUACGGACCAAUGGUAGGAAACCCUCCACCAGAAAUGCACCCUCACCCACAGGCUCCUCAGCAUGCAAGGGUGGUGGACCUGCCAGGGAUCCUGUACAGCCUUUCCAGAGAAGGUCCUUCUUUGGAUAGCGACUACUCUCAGGACAGCGCAGACGAUGGCAGCGACUGGACGUCUUCGCUCAUGAGCCGCAGCCGCAACCGCCAGCCCUUAGUGCUGGGGGACAAUGUGUUUGCAGACCUCGUAGGCAACUGGCUGGACCUACCGGAGGUGGAGAGGGAGGAAGGAGAAGAAGGGGAAAUGAGGAAGAGGAGAGAGGAGCAGGCGAUGGAUGGCAACGCAGACAGACCAGACACGCUGGCGCAACCCCUACAUCUCAGUCGCUCGCAGGAGAUCUGCAGGAAGUUCUCUCUUACCACAAACAUCUUCAAGAAGUUUCUACGCAGCGUCCGGCCUGACAGGGACAAGCUUCUCAAGGAACGACCCGGGUGGAUAGCUCCCGAGCUGCCACAAGGCGAUCUCUUUAAAAAACCAAAGAAGGUGGUUUCUAAAAGCUCCAAGGGCAGCUUUUACCUGCCUUUCUGGGCAAAUGGACAGCAGGGGAAAGGCAGGCCAUGUGUGCAUUUAGCUGAGUCUGAUCAGACACACCACCACCAUCUUCAUCAUCAUCAUCAGCCCUUCCCCCAGUUCCACCAGCAGCCAUUUACAGGACUUUAUUUAGACAGGAGGCAUCCAGAGACUGGCCUGGUGAAAAUGCAGCCCUUGUUUGACUACAACACAGCUGUGUGGGUCUAACCGUGAGCCAAAAGGUGCCCAGUGUUGCCAGACUGACUGUGUGGCAGGUGCUGGGUGGUGGAAGAAACAUCACAGCCAUCACACAACUCACAUUAUCAGGGCAACAUUUUGUGUGGCAAUCUGAAAAUCUCUGUGUGAGAGAGCGAGCUGCAGCGUGUCUGAGAGACUUGUUUUUAAAAACGUUUGUUUUUUCCAACUACUCAGAUUUAUUUACACACUCUUCGUGUGUGACCGGGUCACCUGGUGGUCUUCGAACAUUGACACCCUUCCCAUAAUGUCGCCAGAGAUGCAAAAACAUUACUGACAGACUUCUCCAUAGCCACGCUACAGGACAUGACUCACAUAUCUCACAUCUUUACAUCUAUGAAUAGAAGUGCCAAGAGUCAAACUGCACAGUUGUGGUGAGGCAACUAACAGCUGUUACCGAAUGCACUGCCAACUAAGAUUUUCUAACAAUCUUUUGGUUUACAAAAAAAGAUUCAGGUUUAUCUGGACUCCUCUUGUUCACGUUGCUCAGGAAGGUAGACAACAAUUAGACACUGCCGCAUCAAUAAUAGAGUUUAGUGAAGUCUUCCUCGGUCUUGUGACAAUGUGGUGUGUCUCAAAAUUCGCACAGAAUAUAGGAUCUUGUGCUUGUUUUCAAUUUCAAAGCUCACUUUUCCUUUCUGUCAGUGCUGCCUGGCUCCGUUGGUCACAUUUAAAGCUGGGACACAAAGCAUGACAACAUCAAGGAGAGGCUGAGAUUUAGAAAUUUGAAUGACCAUAGUUCCUGCAAGGAGCUGAAAGCCAUGGCUCAUACCACACACAAAUAGCAUCAUAUAGGGAGCCUAAGUCUCCUCCCCUUCCGGUUGGCUCACGAGUCCCCCGAAGAACAAAAAAAUUAGUCGACAGAGCUGAAAACGUUAUUGUCUAAUCCGCUUCGCCUUAUGCCCUGGAUCGCAUGUAUGUUGGACUUCAAUUUAAAUGAAAACUGAUGAUGGGUGUUUUGACUAUGCUUGUCACGUACUUUGAGAUUUAUCAGCUUGUAAAAGUUCGUAAUUACCAGGACUACAAAUCAGACAUUGGUACGUCGCAUAAGUGAUGUCACCACAGAAUCUGUUCUCCCCUAGCAUAGCUAUACUUACCACAUGGCCAGAUUUACGGUGGUUCUUUCCUCCUGAAGGAAGGUCUUGAAGAUCGCUGAACUUACAGCCAUUAUCCUUCUGUUUUUCUCCGUGUCUGGUUCGAUGACGUCUCUUUCGUGAUGCGCAUUUGUAGUCCUGGACUUACUUUCACACAAAACCUAAAAACGUUUCCCCCGUUCGAAUAUAAGUGCUUUCUUGGUAUAAAAAUGUGUCUUUAAAAUUCACGGACAUCAUAUGUGAAAUCCGUGGUGUGAAACAAGCGGAAUUAGAUAAUAAUGUUUUUAGCCCCAUUGACUUGCAUUCAUUUUUUUGUUCUUCCAGGGACCUAUGGCCCAGAAGUAGAUGGGCGUGACUUAGGCUCCCUAUUACUAAUGAGGGUUUGCUAUGGCUGCAUGUUUAUGAUAUGUUCCUGCUCAAACACACUUGAUUCUAACAAUUGAAUUAUCUCCUCAGCCUUCAUCAGGUUCUGCAGGAGCAGCUAAUCACUCAUUUUAAUCCAAUCUGCAGGGUUCAAGCAAGGAAACAUCUAAAACCAGUAGAAAUCUGGCACUCGCAAUGUUAGCACACCCCUGCUAACACUAAAACAGGCUAAAAUAGUAGUAUGAUGUAGCGAAAGAUUGAAUGCUAUGCUAACGUAGCUCCAAAACACAAAAGAUAAAUCCCUUUUUGUUCUCGUCCCUCCUCUUUCACAGUUAGCUUGAAGUUUACAGACUGACAUCAAGUCAAUGCAGGUCGAGUUAGCGUUCAAGCUAGGUUGGUAUGCUAAGCUGAGUGUAUGUCAAUGCAUCGACCUGCAUUGCAUGCUGGGAACUGGGGUUCACUCUUGUUGAUUGACAGCUCCCUCUUUUGGAUGUGUAAUUGUAUUGGUCAAUAUUCUAGGCUCACAUAAAAAAUCAGUUUUGCUGUAGAGGCCAGGGGAGGGCCAUAAGGGAAGAGAAAAUUAGGUACGAUUACCUACUUUAGGUCAUAGAACAGGGUCAGAUAGUCAAAUUCAAGCAAUUUUGAAGUGACUUUAUUAUUAAUUUAUAUGUACCCUUGCUUUAAAGACUGGAGAAGCAGCACCAGAGUGUGCUUGUUUAUUCCCAAGGUUUAACAUAUGAGAUGACUGAUGUUGUACCAUGCAGUAAAUAUACAUCUGAAUACUACAAGUUCAUAAAAGAGCUUAACAAAGUGACCAGGGAGAGCUGAAGCCACCAUGUACAGACCUUUUUACAUAUUUAUCAGCAACCAUACAACGGCAAUAAGAAGCAUUCACUGUAAUAUCACAUUGCAUGAUUUUCAUACUUUUGUGCAAACAUAAAUUAUCAAAGAAAAACAGUUCUAAACAUUUCAUGCACAAAACAACAUGCCACAAGACUUGUACAGUUCAGAUCAAACCACAACUUCUCACAAAGACUUCCUCAGAAUUACAGAAAACACUGCCUGUUCUCGCUCGUUUCUAAAGAAGGACCACUGUUAUGCAAAGACAAUCUGAAAUGUUUUAAACGAGGCGCCAAACCACCGAACUCCGCCAGCAGGGUUUAGGCCUCCAAGGCCCUUCAGAGAAUCUUGGCCAGCCAAUCCAUAUGGUGUCAUCUCAGUAUUCAGGUCAAUACAUUCUGAACAUUCAGAGGGUCCAAUACACACACACACACACACACACACACACACACACACACACACAUAUUCUACCACAAGCCACAGUGUGAGGUGUCCUAUCGCUCAGUUGGUGUUUGCAAAUGGAACAUUUAUUUCUUCCAUUAAAACUUUUCCGUGUGUAAUUUUCUUCAGUGUUGUUGAUAUUUUUCAUCUGGAUUUUGCAAACCUUUAGUAGUGAUCUUGUGUCCUGUGUGUAAAACUGUCUGACUUUAAUCCAAUUAAACAUGUUUACAGGAACAAA